AUGGAAGAUGCUACUCGUCGUAGCAUCUUCGGUUCGUCUGACGAAUCAGAUGAACCAUCGCCGAAGCGAAGUCGCUCGAGAUCGCGAGACUCGGGCGCUAACAGUGGUGUCGGUUCUCCUAUUGACACCACUUCGCAGCGAGGUGCCAGUACUUCUGUCGGCACGUCGCAGGAAGAGCGGGACCGCAACGUGUUGCGUCUCGCUCCUGAAAAGAAGGCAUGGAUGCCUCCAAAGUCAGUCAUGGAUCGCUUGUCGGCGACGAUAAGUGAUCGCUAUCGAACACGAUUGCUCGAUUCGUCAAGGAUCCAUCACCUUGACCCCGGUGCGAAAACCUAUCGCGCUGAGAAUGGAUUCUUCAUCGAUGCUUUCUUUAGACAUCGAUGGUACAGUGGGAAUCACAAGCGUGAUGGUCCCUCACUACUUCAAGCGUGGAACGCCUACAUCCAUAACCUUGAGGAUGUAGGUCGUGACGCUUGGAACGACAAACUUGUCAAAGCUCGUGAAAAGUUUGACAAAGCGAUCCCCGACAGGUGCACGCUACAAGCUGCAUCGUCUGUCAAGGGAGAAAGGAUUACCCUGCCUCUCUUGGGGAGACUCGUGAUUAUGUUUGAGAUGUACGAAGGGAUUGACAACCUGAAAUCCCUUUACGACCGUGCCGGGAAGACUUUCUCCGGCGGUCCUUCUGCGGCACAGGAUGUGCCACGUCGUACUGCUCGACCAGACCCAGUACGUCAACCAUCAGUUGAGAGCGGGGCUACCAAGUAUCCAAGGACGGGGGAUAGCCGCUCCACCGGACGAGAUAACUCGUCCGACGUCCGUUCACGUCGCGGUGGUUCAACAGCUGCUCAACCAGAUAGCGCUGGCCACCACGAGAUUCCUCUAAUGGAGGUGGAGGAGGAGGGAAGACGCUCUCCACACAAUCGUGGGGAAGCGUGUGUUUCCGGGAGCUUCUUUGAUCGCGUAGCUCAAGGGUUACGUGGCGAUCUCGAACAUGAGCGGGACAGACGUCUCCAACUGGCGGACACUGUCUUGAAGCAUCGAGCUGAGUUUGCCUUUGCUCAGCUUGAGAACGAGAGAGCUCUGACGUCUCUGCGUGACGAGCUAAGGGUAGCUCGUGGGAUUAUUGAUCGGUCUCGGGAUGAGAUAACUGCUCUUCAGACCCUUGUCGAUGCCCAUCCUCGGGAGCACAAGGCCCUCUGCGAGAUGCUUGAGCGUAAGGGCGUUCUUCAUCGGAAAAAGCAACGUAACGAUGGUACUGCUUAA